AUGUCUGUUUUAGUCCGUUCGUUAGGAUUUCUGGAACCAAUUAUAAGAGGUUGGGACUAUAGCAAGCCCUUAUUCAUUGGCUUAGAGGGCCCUCAAGGUUCGGGCAAAACGUAUGUUUCCACGAAGUUGGUGAAAGAGUUGUCAGUUAAAUUUCCAGCACUCAACAUAGUACGAUGUUCAAUGGACGACUUCUAUCUCACAUUUGAGGAGCAGAAGAAGGUCAGUGAGCAGAACAUAGGGAACAUAUUAUUGCAAGGGCGUGGACUACCAGGAUCUCAUGAUCUCAAGUUACUAUUUGAAUGUUUUGCGCAGAUCGAGAACGGCAGCGAUCAUGUUAUAAUUCCAUUUUAUGACAAAUCAUUGCACAAGGGUAAAGGAGAUCGUGCCCUUGAGAAAGAAUGGACCCAUUUACGGGGUCGCAAGGUUGAUGUGGUCCUUCUUGAAGGUUGGUUUGCUGGAUAUCGUGCGUACAAUAAUGAGACAGUAUUGAAACGCAAAUGGGAGGAAGUCAGGAAACAGCACGAACCAAAAUUUGACUCUAUCAAGCUUGAGCACAUCUUGAAACUCGACCACGAUUUGAGCCUUUACGAACAGAUUUGGGCAAGGUUUGACUGCUUUUUGUACAUAACAACUUCUGACCUGGCCAAUGUACAUGCCAGCGUACUAUCUGUAUUAUGA